AUGUUCAGAAACCAGUACGACACUGACGUUACAACAUGGAGUCCGGCAGGAAGACUAUUCCAAGUCGAAUACGCCAUGGAAGCAGUGAAGCAAGGUUCAGCCGCAAUAGGUCUCCGAUCCAAGACGCACGUGGUUCUCGCCUGCGUUAACAAAGCCAAUUCUGAAUUAUCUUCUCAUCAGAAGAAGAUUUUCAAGGUUGACGAUCAUAUCGGAGUUGCCAUCGCUGGUCUCACCGCCGACGGCCGUGUUCUUUCCCGUUACAUGCGAUCUGAAUGUAUUAACUAUAAUUACACUUAUGAGUCUCCGCUUCCCGUUGGUCGUCUCGUUGUUCAGCUCGCCGAUAAGGCUCAGGUUUGCACUCAGAGAUCAUGGAAGCGUCCUUACGGGGUUGGUCUUCUUGUAGCUGGAUUAGAUGAAUCAGGGGCUCACCUCUACUACAACUGCCCAAGUGGAAACUACUUCGAAUACCAGGCUUUUGCAAUUGGUUCACGCUCACAAGCUGCAAAGACAUAUUUGGAACGCAGGUUUAACAACUUCACAGCCUCCUCCCGGGAAGAUCUAAUCAAAGAUGCACUCAUUGCAACUAGGGAGUCCUUGCAAGGUGAAAAGCUCAGAAGCUCCGUAUGCACCAUUGCCGUGGUUGGAGUUGGUGAGCCAUUCCACAUUUUGGAUCAGGAAACUGUUCAACAGUUGAUUGAUACUUUUGAAAUUGUGAGGGAGGAAGAAAGUGCACCUGCUGAACCCGAGGUAGCAACUGAGCAGGAUGCUGCCCCAGAUCAGGCUCCUGGCACUGAAAAUCAAGGUGGUGCCGAACCCCAAGGUGGUUCUCCAAUGGACAUUUGA